AUGUCUGGCCGUGGUAAAGGAGGUAAAGGUCUCGGCAAGGGAGGUGCUAAGCGCCACAGGAAGGUUCUUCGCGAUAACAUCCAGGGAAUCACAAAGCCCGCUAUUCGCCGCUUGGCUCGCCGUGGUGGUGUAAAGCGUAUCUCUGGCCUGAUCUAUGAGGAGACUCGCGGUGUCCUGAAGGUGUUCCUGGAGAACGUUAUUCGUGAUGCCGUUACCUAUACCGAACACGCUAAGAGGAAGACGGUCACCGCCAUGGAUGUCGUUUAUGCACUGAAGCGUCAGGGUCGCACUCUGUACGGCUUCGGAGGCUAAAGUUUGCGCUGACCUGUAAAA